AUGGUGCGACAUCCUAAGCCGCCCGCAUCCCAGUCCCCGUCCCCGUCCCCGCCGCCGUGCCCGCCCUCGGACUCGGACCCCGGCAUCGGCUUCGACCCCAUCGAGGAGUGGCUCGUGGACUUCGACCCGGCCAUGUCGAGCGAGCUAGCGGUCAAGGGUCUCGGCUCCGCUGAGCAAGCGGCGGCGCAAAAGAACUCCGAGCUCGAGUUUGGUGUGAAGGACGAGAAGGUCGAGGUGGUGGGCAGCAGCGGAUUGGACGAGCUGCUUGCCCCGGAUCAGCUUCUGGUGUCUGGGAUUGGCGAUUUGGCUGUGAGAGAGGAUAUUCCAGAGGGAGCGGUUGUUAUGGAGAUGGCUGCCGCACCGGCUGAUGCUGAGAUGAAUGCCGCACCGCCCGCACCUGCUGAUGCUGAGAUGAAUACUUUGGUAUCCGUGGAAGCACCUGCUGAUGCUGAGAUGAAUACCACGGUGUCCGUGGAUGUGGAAUCGGAAGGUGACAAGGAAGGGCAGGAGGCACCGCCUGCACCUGCUGAUGCUGAGAUGAUGAAUACCACGGUGUCCGUGGAAGUGGAAGCGGAAGGUGGCAAGGAAGGGCAGGAGAGCAUCGAUGAAGAGUCGGAGUCAGAGAGCAGUGAGGAUGACGAUGACAGCUCAUCGAGUGAGGCUUCCUCGAGCAGUGAAGAGGAGAAAGAGCAGAGGGUCAAGAAGGACGAGGAAUCGAGUGAAGCCUCAAGCAGCGAAGAGGAAGAGCUGGGAGUUAAGAGGCAUGGUGGUAAGUCCAAUAACCUAGAGAGUCUCCUUGAGGAAGGUGAGUUGUUGAUCGGGAGCGAUGAGGAGGAUGCGGAACAAAAGGGAGGCAUCAAGUCCAAAUAUGAAACAGAGGUCCUUCCACCAGUCCCAAAAAUUGAAAUCCAGUUGGAACCACAUCAUCAGACUCUUCCAGUAGGGACUAUUUCAGCUAUAAUGGGUGAGAGAGUAAUAGUUGAAGGUUCAGUCCAGCACAACCCCCUGAAUGAGGGUUCAAUUCUCUGGAUAACAGAAAGUAGGACGCCGCUUGGUAUAGUUGAUGAAUUAUUUGGACCUGUUAAGAACCCAUACUACCUUGUGCGGUACAACUCUGAGGAAGAGGUACCUGCUGGGAUCAGUGCAGGAACCAAUGUCUCUUUUGUAGCGGAGUUUGCAGAUCACAUCCUGAAUAUGAAGGAGCUCUAUGCAAAAGGCUAUGAUGAAUCUGAUCCUGUAGACAAUGAUGAAGAAGAAGAUUUACUUGAUUUCUCUGAUGAUGAAAAGGAGGCUGAGUACAAACGGUCAUUACGUCAAGCAAAAAGGCAGACUGAUAGACAGCGUGAGCCUAUGAAGACUUCUCGUGAUAGGAAGAGAUCACAGUCUAGAGGUAGUGGAAUCCGGAAGCCCAUGCCGCCAAGGAACCUGGAUACAUCAACAACAGGUCACCAGCCACGGCCUCAUUUUCACCGCUCAGAUAUGGCUCCUGCAGGUGCUGAAAAUACAGCACGUUCAUUGGGUCCUCCAAAUGCACCUAUGAUUGCUCCAACCAUGCUGCCUCCUGGCCCAAUGAACCCUGCUGUGCCAUCACCUGUUCCUCUUGCAAAUCAGAUGGGUGGCUGCUUCAUGAAUCCGGCACAGCAGCUGUUCUUACCGCAGCAGCCCAAUAUGGUUUGGCCUGGUGGAUUUCCACAGCCGCCUCAUCCGAACAUGGGGGUAGAUGGAGCCGCACUCGCUGCCAACAUCAUACAGAGCCUCCUUGCAGGAGCCAACCAAUUCCAGCAGCAGUUCCAGAACCAGAACUUCAGUGGCGCAGGAGCCAACCAAUUCCCGCAGCAGUUUCAGAACCAGAACUUCAGUGGCCCAGGAGCCAACCAAUUCCAGCAGCAGUUUCAGAACCAGAAUUUCGGUGGCUUCCCAAACCAAAUGCCGAUGCCCUUUCCUCAGUUCAUGCACCAAACUGGAAUGCCUGCAAAUCCAAUGCCAUUCGGUGGCAGACCACCAGUGAACUCUCCAUUUGGCCCCGCGCCUCAAGUGCCUAUGGGGCAAGGCAACUUUGGCCAGCCUCCAAAUUCACAAGGAUUUACGAACCUGGCGCCACCCCGUGGAGAUGGGGAACAAGAUUCGCCUCCGCAGUUCAGUUCUAGGCAGUUUCAUCAAGGGAGCUCGUCCUUUGGCCGGGGAAGGACGCAGCAGCGCGGCGGCAGGCAUUCCUCUGGAAGAGGUGGCAGAGGCGGCCGGCAUCGCAGAUAG